UUGUUUGGGAAGUGCUUGAACAUCCCCACUACAGAACAGAUCUCUCCCCAUGUGAUUUUCACAUUUUUGGAGACCUGAAGAAAGACAUUUGUGGACAUCGGUUUACAUCGGAGGGAGACAUGUGUGGCUGGGCAAAGAUGUGGUUCCAUAGACAGCCCACAAGCUUCUUUAAGGAUGGGAUUGACCGUCUUAUCUCCCAGUGGGAAAAAUGGGUUAACAGUUUGGAGAUUGCUUUUGAGUUGCUGGGUACCCAGACAUCAAGUGAAAAUCGAGUGGUUAUGGAGCAAUCAGACAUAGUGUUUCUUACUGUAAAGCCUGAGAAUAUUCCAGCCGUACUCAGCAGCAUCAGGCCACAUGUCUACAAGAGACAUCUCCUUCUCUCCACAGUCAUGGGAGUUUCCAUCCAGGACAUUGAGCAGACUUUACCCCCUGCCACAAGAGUUAUGCGAGUGAUGACCAACACACCUGUCCUUGUAAGGAAUGGUGCAUCAGUUUUUGUGUGUGGGUCAUCAGUACAAUCUGAAGAUGAGGCCAUCACACGUCAGCUGCUGGAAGCUGUUGGAACUUGCGAUAAAGUUCCAGAAUCACUCGUGGACACAAUCACAGCUCUAAGUGGUUCUGGUCCUGCAUAUGUAUACAUCAUAAUUGAGGCACUAGCUGAUGGAGCAGUGAGAAUGGGUGUACCAAGGGAUCUAGCAUACAGACUGGCAGCUCAGACAGUUCUUGGUGCUGGCAGCAUGGUGCUCACUACCAAAACUCAUCCAGCACAACUCAAAGACAAUGUGACAUCACCAGCAGGUUCAACAGCGGAGGGGCUUCACUUCCUUGAACAACACGGACUGCGGACAGCCCUCAUUGGUGCCAUUGAGGCAGCCACACAGAGAUGCAAGCAAAUUAACAAAGAAGCAAAAGAACAAACAUCAAAUGGUUGUUCUAGGAACUAGCAUUUAUGGAAACAUUUAGUAAAGCAGAAAAAUUCAAGAUGCAGUGAUUAAUGCAAUGUAGGAAAACUUAUCACAAAUGAAAAUUUACAUUAGCUGAUCAGCAAAUGAAAUACUAGAUUUGGUGAUAACUGCAGUGAAAACGCUAUUUUCCUUAUCCAUCAUAGUACAUCAUACUUGUGUCUGUUUCUGAAAACCUGGUCACCAGUUUUGAUAAAAUAAAUUUAUAAAAUACCAUAUA